CAUAUUCAUUGACGCGCAGUAAUUCAGUCGCAGAAUUUCAUGCAAGGCGUGUGCGUCUUCUCGCUAGCUAGUCUCUCAACCGUUUUUAAUAAUACUGAAAUUAACAAAAUGUGCAUCAAAUGUAAUCAAUAAUUUUUUCACGUUAUUGACACUACUGUGACAAUCAAGGGUGAAAAUAAUUUUAUCAAUCCUAACAAGAACUGGUGAUAAAAAAUCCCAAUUAGUAUUCUUUUUGCAUAAUCGAUCCGGAAAUUCUUAUCACGAUGGAGCUGUUUACAUUACUUCUGUCUAUCGUGGUAGCAAGUAUUUGCUUAUAUUAUUUUAUUAUAAGCAAGUUAACUCAUUUCGAGCGACUGAAGAUCCCGCAUGUACGGCCGAUUCCAUUGUUGGGCAACAUGGCACCGUUUGUUUUUGGACGUAUCGCUCCGAUGGAGCUCAUGCAAAAGAUAUACCACCUCUUCCCGGACGCAAAGUACUACGGAUUUUACGAUUUUACAAAGCCCAUGAUCGUUAUCCGUGAUCCGGAGUUGAUUUCCACGAUUGCCAUUAAACAAUUUGACAAUUUCAGCGAUCAUUAUGGCUUCGUGAACGAAACUCUCGACCCGAUAGCUGCUAAAAAUCUGUUUAAUCUGCGAGGAGAUCAUUGGCGUGAGAUGCGUAAGCUUCUUAGUCCUAGUUUUACAUCUAGCAAAAUGAAAAUGAUGUUUGGACUUAUGAAUCAGUGCGCCGAGAACUUUGUCAAUUUUGUGGUAACGGAAUCUGGAAAGACCGGCAAAGCGUAUGAUAUGAAAGACUUACUUAGCAGAUACGCCACUGAUACGGUUGCCACGUGCGCUUUUGGCAUCAACACAGAUUCUUUUAAAUAUCCGAACAAUGAAUUUUUUAUGGUUGGAAAAAAAGCAAUGACUUUUGAUGCCUGGAUGUCCUUCAAGUUUUUUAUGCAUAGAAACUUUUCGCUACUUUCAAAAAUCUUGAAGCUGAGAAUGUUCGGCCCAAAAAUAGAGAAUUUUUUCAAAGAUGUCGUUGCCACUACUGUGAAGGCCAGAGAUGAACAGGGAAUCGUUCGUCCAGACAUGAUUCAAUUGAUGAUGGAGACCAGAAACAAAGAUAGCGGACCCGAAUUUGAUAUCGACGAGAUGACUGCUCAAGCAUUCGUUUUCUUUCUCGGCGGAUUCGAUACUGUAUCAUCAGUUAUGUGUUUUAUGGCACAUGAAAUCGGUGUCAAUCCUGAUGUACAAAGAAAAUUGAGAGAAGAAAUCGAGGACGUUCUUAGACAGACGAAUGGCAAACCUACCUACGAGGCUAUUAAUCGCAUGAAGUAUUUGGACGCUGUGAUAAACGAGACUCAAAGACUGUAUCCGGUAGCAAUUUUACUUGACAGAGUAUGCGUCAAAAAGACCGUAUUGCCACCAGCGACUCCAGAUGGCGAACCCAUCACAUUAAAACCUGGAGACAACAUAUGGUUCAUGCCUUUUUCUCUGCAUCGCGAUCCAAAGUAUUAUCCGCAUCCAAAGAAGUUCGAUCCAGAAAGGUUCCUUAACGGCAGUGUAGACAACUCGGUCUACAUGCCGUUUGGUAUCGGGCCCAGACUUUGCAUUGGUAAUAGAUUCGCUCUAAUGGAAGCAAAAAUCAUGAUAUUCCAUCUGCUUUGGCGUUGCGAUAUCGAACCCGAUGUUAAAACUAGAGUUCCUAUGGUGUUUAAUAAGAAAUCACUCGCCCCACUACCGGAUGGAGGCUUCUGGUUGAAGUUGCGGGCAAGGAACUCGAAGGCUUCAGUUACACAAUGUUUACCGAACGGACACAAUGUUGAUGAACAAUAAUGAAGCAUGUUUGCACUCUUUAAAUACAAAAAACACAAUAUGAUCUACAAUUGUGUAAGAAAGAAUAUUACUUUGAUGAAAGAUUGUAGAAUUAAUGAUUAUUCUUAAUCGAUUAUAUUAGAUUAGUUAUUAUUCUUUAGUCACGUGUGAAAAGUUAAAUAAUAUUUAAUACAUAUUCUAUUAGUUAUCUACUUAUGUGUAUACACAUGUAUAUAUACACAUAUAUGUAUAAUUGAAUACUUUUUAUUGUUGUGUAUUAAAUAUUUUUACUUUCUCAAUAUAAUAAACAAAUCAUAUAUAUGAAAUAUGUCAGUACAUAAGAUUGAGGGAAGAGAGAAAGAGAGAGGAAAUUAAGACAAACAUUGAUUAUGGUGUUAUAUAAAUAAGUGGUAUAAUUGAUGUAUGUAUGACACUGAAAAACUAUUUAUACAUUUUGGAACAGUGUUUAAUUAGGCAGUCAAAAAUAAUGCACAUUAAAUUAGCAAUAAAAUUCUUAAUUUACAACAAUUUAUUUUUAUUUUAGACAGAUAAUGUAAAUUUCUGUCAAAUAAACUCUCGAAAGAACAAACGGUACUUUGAUAUUAAAAAAGAAA